AUGAAGGACCAUCUAAAACCUUUACUGUUGACCCUUAUGAUCGAAGGAGUUGAAGUCAACAAAGUCCUAGUGGAUGGGGGUGGUGCUAUAAAUAUGCUCCCACAGACGUUGCUGAAACGUUUUGGGAAAACUUUGGCAGAUCUGAAACCUCACAAUAUCCUUAUUUCUGAUUAUGCUGGAAAAUCGUCUCAACCAGAAGGGAUGAUAUUGUUAAACGUGCAAAUUGGUAGUGUGAGGAGGACCACUAUGUUUAUUGUCACUCCCUCGAAAGCUAACUUUAAUGUACUAUUAGGAAGAGAAUGGAUCCACGGAAUGGGAGCAGUACCUUCGACAGUGCACCAGAAAAUAUUUUUCUGGAAUGAUGAUGAACAAUUGGAAGUGUUGGAUGCAGAUCAGAAAGAGUAUGAGACGGGAAUGUAUUUCGCGGAUCAACAAAUUACUGCAUUCGUGAGAACUAAGCCUUUCGAUGCCACAGACCCAGAUGUCUUGGAGGAUGAAGAGGGUGUUAAGAAGACUUUCUGUUGGGAUGUUUGA